GCUAAGGGGAUCGCCUACGUAGCACCUGUUGUGCCUCGCCCCCCAGCUCGUGCGCUCAUUCUCCUUUCGUGCGCGGCUGAAUUCGUUCGACAGAAAGGGAGCAAGAGUUGGGACUAAAUCGAAGCUGAGAUGCUCAAAGUCGACCGCGAGAUGCACCCGCAGAAGAAGGGCAGACUCGAACCAGAUGUGCUGAAGGCGUCAUUGCUGUUCUGUCCUAUCGCAACGGAGUUCUUCCCAGACGGCACCCUUACUGCAAGAGAAGUAUUUGAGGUCAUAUCGUCCCAUGAAGUCGACCACCUGUUUCCUCUCUUCACUGUCACGUACGACAUCGCAUUCAAGGGAAGAGAUCCAGCAGAUCUCGUUCGUGUAUUCGAGACAAGAGAGGUCCGCCCCCACAAGACGGCUGAAGAAUGCAACAUUCUUGUGCUGCCUCCUCUCAUGGCAAAUGCCAGAAGAAGGAUUGGUCGCCUGCAAUCGAUAGUUGACCACGAACGCUUUAAAGAACAGGAGAAGAAGAUCGUGAAAGAAUACGAGAAGAGGUACACAGAGAUAGAAGUCGCUGCGGAGACAGCGAAGACUGCGGAUGACUUCACUCCCGUCGCACCAGCAGCAGAGGAGUGCCGGGCAAGAAAAUGAGAUGCCUAGAGGAGACACAGCGUGUUAUGAACAAAUCUAUUGAGGUUUCGCGAAGAGGAGGGAACAUAUUAUAUACAGAAGAAGAACAAGAGACGUGCCGCAUGUCGCUAAGCCAUCGGAAGGGAUGCUCAGAAAAUGGCACAGUAUCACAUUACAGUUCCGUUGAUUCGUCUGAUGGUGACGAAAGGGGAAGAAUAGUUGUCGCACCAAAACUGGCUAGUUGUUACUUUGAAGAAGACGAGAGAUGGAGUGAACCACCAAAAAUCGGAGAAAAUCGAUGGUGUCACGUUUUUUGUCAGACUUCACUUUGUGCAGAAGCAUUGCCCGUCCAAACUGCAACAACUGCUCUAGCGUGUUCGUCUCCAUUCCGUACAGUCUUCAAAAAUACAAAAGAGAACAUUCCAGCAACUUCUACCUUUGUUCUUUUAGCCUCAAUAGCAGGAUGACGCCUCCCUCCUAUCUUUCAGCCAACCCAGCAAACACCGACGAACUCUCUGUAGAGUAACAAAAAGAAGGCAAAACGCGCCAUCACGAACACUCGCAGAGAUGAUACAGAGACGUGUCACCAGGACAAGGUUGGUCGCUUAAUUUUCUGUAUAUAGCAUUUUUAGAAUGCACCUUUCGGACCUCAACAACCGUGCAAAAGGAUCGCCAUCUGGUGUCUCUUCAAGCGUCAAAACGAACUAUCUGUAUAUCUCUCAAGGAGGACUGGCAACCUGGUGUCGACAACAGAACAGCUGCAGUCCGGAAAUAGAAAGCCAUGAGGCACUCCAACGGGCGAGUAGCACCUGAGGAGAUACAAACUGCUAAACGGUCCGGGUGAAACAAUAGAGAGUACUAGAACG